UGCGUCUUACCUGGCCUAAUGCAAUCUUAAAGUGGGACCAAUUCCUCUCAUUAUCCAGCUAAUUCUCAGCCGUCUCCUUUGUCACAUUCGGACUCUUCCCACCAUUCCUGCACCACCACCCCACCUUCCAACCUCCCUCUCUCUCACUCACUCACUGUAUCAAUAUAUAUAUAUAUAUAUAUAUACACACACACACACCCUCUAUUUAUCCCUAUCUUUGGUGUGAGGAAAUUAUUAAUACCAUCAUCCCCUUCUCUCUCUCUCCAAUUUCCCCUUUAGUUCCCAUGUCUCUCUCUGUAACUUUUCUCUUCUCAAUGAUGACCUUUUGUAAGAAAAGUGUCCAGUCUCUGUUAGGUCUCACCACCCACAAAACCAAUGGAACAGUACUACUAGAAACUCCCCACCACGACCGGAAUAUUCCAUCUCCCGCCGGAGGCAUAAGCUUCAUCACUUUAUCCGGCAACACCCAACUAUCCGUCCCCAACUUCUUGGAGUCGGCCGUAGCUAAAUCACCACCUUCUUCUCCCGCCGCCGCCCCCAACAGAGACCCUGGUGGGAUAGGGUUUCUCGAAGACGUGGGAGGCAGCGUGGGCGGGCUGAUGUCGUGCACCGAGAGCCUAGGAUUUGAGAGCUCCGACGAGAGGGGGGUUAAUGAUGAUGAUCAAUUGCAGAACAUGAGCAAUGAUGAAUUUUGUUUGAAGAGAACAAUACCAAUUGUGAGGUCACCAAAGAAUGAAGUACUGAAGAAGAAGUUUCCACCACCGUUAUCAUCAUUGGACCAGAACGGAAAGCCGACGUUCUUUCUCCGACAUGUGAGGAAGGACGGUAGGUUACAGCUCACAGAGAUGAAGAUUCAUCGGCCGGAGAUUCUCCAUGCUUCCCGCCAAGAUGGACGGUUAAGAUUACAUCUGAUCAGUAGUAGUGAUGAAGAUGAGGAUGAGGAUGAGGAUGUGGAUGUGGAUGUGGAUGUGGAAGAAGUACUACAAGACAAAGCUAAAGAAGAAGAAGAAGAAGAAGAAGAAGUUAAAGGAGGAGGAGGAGGAAAGAGAGGUGAGGAGUGGCGGUUUCCGGUGAAGAACGGUGGUAGGGAUGGAAUCAGGCGGUGUCAUGAGGUGGCGAGUCAGCACCACCACCACCACCACCACCACAAUCAGCAUCACCAUAACUUGCACGCGUGGAGGCAGCAUUGUGUGACAAUAAGAUGAGGUUAAUUAGGAUGGGCCGCAAGUGUGUACAUGAUAUAUAUAUAUAUAUGAAUCAUAUGUAUAUUCUGCAUCCUCUGACGUGGGAGAGUCUGGAUCGUCUAUGUAUAGAUUCCAUGUUGUAAUCUAAUAUAAUCAUUUUAAUUUGUUCACUUAAAUCAAUCCGUAUUUCAACGCAUU